AGAAACCCUAAAACGCUUGUACUCCGCGCAGCAUGGCAAAGGACGGAAGUGAAAAAGCCGGCGGCUUAGCAGCGACGAUUCUGAACCCUAACUGGGCCAAUCUUCAGGAGAAGCUGAAAUCCCGCUGCAACCCCAAACCCUUGCCAAAUUCAGCUACCCUCGAUAACGUAAUCCGUUCAACUUCCGCGCUCGGUAAGCGUAAGGAGAGGCCGAACUCCCAGCCUGCGGCUUCGCUUUCCACUCCUGCAAUCCUUGCUCCCACCUCCGAUGACUGCAGCUUGACGGAAGCUCUAGCUAUGGACUGCGAGAUGGUCGGCGUGAGCUUUCAAGGGAACCAAAGUGCGCUUGGGAGGGUCACGCUGGUAAAUCCUUCUACCUCUACUUGUAUUGCCUCUUCUUUUCAUUCGUUUCAGUGGUUUAUAAUAUGGGGCCAGAUAAGAGAAGAUCUGCCAAUGGAAACAUGGGAUUAUAAAAAUUUUGGGUAAUGAUAUUGUGGCAUUAUUGUACCGGUUGUAAGUGACAUUAUUGUUUCAGUAGCUAGCAUUAUUGUACCAGUUGUAAGUGACAUUAUUGUGCUUGAAAGUGAAACACUGAGACCUUUAGGGGCUGUCUGGCAACGAAUUUAUGGUGGGAUUUAGGCAGGAUUUAAGGGAAAUCUUGUCAGAAGCUCAUUUUCGACAAAAUAAAUUCUGAGAUGCGGUGAUUUCACGGACUUAUGUGGUAAUAUCUGGAUUUAUUAAAUCCUAUGAGUUGGUGGAUUUAACUUUGCCCUCUUCGGAUUUAAGGCGCGGCUCGGCAACAACUGUGGCGAUAAGCUGUGAUAAGGCUAUCUCUUCCUCCCAGUGGUCAUCUUCUUCCCUAUGUUGCCAGACAGUUUCAUUAAAUUUAUAGGAUUUAGUAAAUCUGUUGCCACCAGAUAGUUUUUCAAAUUUAACCUAUUCAUGAUUCAGUAAAUCCGGAUUUGCAGGAUUUACUAAAUCCUAGCAAGUUAAAUCUUAUCUGUUGCUAAA